CACAGGACAGGACAGGCCCUAUAACGCUUUAGACAAAUUGUCAUCUACGAUUUGAACACAAACUGUUUGACAAAAAUGGCCAAAGAACUCUGCCCACAGCAACAUUUCUCACUGGCACUCUGCCACUUUCUCUUUCUUUCUCUCUCCUCACCUUGUCUCACUCUCUCCACAUUCUUGUUCUCUCUCUCAAGAUCCUUCUCUUUCUGGGAUUUCCUCAAAAUCCCUGUCAUAUGGACAAACAUCUCCACCACCAGCAACUGCCACUGGCUAAGUUCGCUCGUCAGCGUUGUAGUGAAUGGGUGUUUCAAGAUGUUCCAAGUGAUAUAACUAUUGAAGUAGAUGGGGGCACAUUCACUUUGCAUAAGUUUCCCCUGGUAUCUCGUAGCGGGCUCAUCCGAAAGCUAGUCGCCGAGAACCGAGACAGCGGCGUCUCGAAAAUCGAACUCGAAGGCAUGCCCGGCGGAGCCGAGUCGUUCGAGCUGGCCGCGCAGUUCUGCUACGGCCUCAACUUCGAGAUCACGUCUGCGAACGUGGCCCACCUCUACUGCGCCUCCGAGUACCUCGAAAUGACCGAGGCCUAUUCGAGCCACAACCUCCUCUCCCGCGCCGAGGAGUACCUCGAGAGCGUCGUCUGCAAGAGCCUAGAGCUCUCGGUACAAGUCCUCAAGCACUGCGAACCCCUCCUCCCAGCGGCCGACGAGCUCCGCAUCCCUGCACGCUGCGUGGACGCCAUAGCCUCCAAGGCGUGCGCGGAGCAGAUCGCGUCCAGCUUCUCGCGCCUCGAGUACAGCAGCUCUGGCCGCCUGCACAUGAGCAAGCAACUAAAAAAGUGUGAUGCCGUGGUAGACUGGUGGAUCGAGGACCUGUCCGGGCUUCGGGCCGACUUUUACGAACGCGUCAUCUUGGCCAUGAAGUGCCGCGGCCUGCGCCCGGAGAGCAUCGGGGCAUCUCUGGUUAGCUACGCGCAGAAACAGCUCGUGAGGAAGGAGGAGGCGAACGAGCACGAGAAAUUCGUGGUGGAGACGAUUGUCGGUUUGCUGCCGGUCGAGAGAUUCGCGGUCCCUCUGUCUUUCUUGUUCGGGCUGCUCAGGACUGCGGUGGUGCUCGACUGCGCAGUCUCGUGCAGGCUCGACCUGGAGAGGCGGAUCGGGUCACAGCUGGAGCUGGCGACCAUCGACGAUUUGCUGAUACCGUCGUUCCGCCACGCGGGCGAUACUCUGUUUGAUGUCGACUGUGUGCAUAGGAUCCUAGUUAACUUCUGCCAGAUGGACGACAGCGAGGACGAGCUGGAUGGGCUUGGCUCGGGUUUCGGUUCGGAUGGGGGACUCUGCUCCCCGUCUCAGCCGGCGCUCUUCAAGGUGUCGAGGUUGGUGGACGGCUACCUCACUGAGAUUGCGGCCGAUGCGAAUCUGAGGCUCAAUAAGUUUGUGGCUGUUGCCGAGAGCCUACCGGCACACGCGCGUACCGUUCACGACGGGCUAUACCGGGCUAUCGAUGUUUACCUUAAGGCCCAUCACAGCCUGACAGAUGCAGACAGGAGGAAGCUCUGCAAACUAAUAGAUUUCCAGAAACUAUCGCCUGAAGCCGGUGCGCAUGCGGCCCAAAACGAGCGUCUGCCUCUCCAAUCGAUCGUCCAAGUCUUAUAUUACGAGCAGCUGAGGCUACGAAACGCCGUAUUCGGGCCCUACCCAGAUGAUAAUAAGCCUGUGAACCAGUCUUGGAAAGUAAGCAGUGGGGUCGUGAGUGCUUCGAUGUCCCCACGCGACAAUUACGCGUCCUUGAGGAGGGAAAAUCGAGAGCUGAAGCUGGAGCUCACGAGGUUGCGGAUGAGGUUGAAUGAUUUGGAGAGGGACCACGUUUGCAUGAGGAGGGACAUGGAGAAGACGGGCUCCAAGAGAUUUAUAACUUCCUUUUCGAAGACGAUGGGUAAAUUGAAUGUUUUUGGGAAUGGUUCUUCAAGGGGGCCCACAUCCCCGGCCAACAAUGACACCAAAUUGAUGGAGAGAACAUGAAAACGAUGCUUAUUUGAGCUAUUACCCAUUUUGUUUAUUUAUUUAUUUUCAAAAAAAAAAAAAAAAUUGAAUUGUCUUGAUGAGUAUCCAAGGUGAUGAUACCAGACCAGAGAUAUUCUUCUUUUGUAGAUAAUUUAUUAGGAUAGUUACAAUGAGUACCUUUGAGAUAUUGUCUGAUAACAAAUGUUGGAGUAUCUUUUCAGCUAUAGAUUCUCAGCGUGCAAUUUUUUAAAAUGGAAUCCUAUGACGAGGGUGUAAUUUUGAAGUACAACUCUCAACUUUUAUGUUAUUAAUAUUUAGGCUACAUUGCUUGGGG